UUGCUCUCCCUAGCUGACCUAGGUGGUGCCGUUGGUAAGAGCUGAGGAUGUACCUCGUUCUGAUGUUCAAACAUUGAACCGCCUGCGCCCUACAGCCAUCACAAUAGAAUUGUAGGUUUCAAACCUUCAUGCUUUGACGUUGACGAAACAACUUUCUUCAUGAUGACCCUCAGCUUCCGGGCAGUCAACUCGCCGACUUUCACCAACAUACAGCACAAUCUCUUCACAGCGAUGUUUAGCGUCGGAAUAGCUGCAGAUGUGAUCCUUACAGCGAUGCUCUGCGUAGCUCUACAUAAGUCGCGAUCAGGGCUGAAAAGGACCAACUCUAUCAUCAACCUCUUGAUCAUGUACAGUAUCAAAACUGGAGGCAUUGCCUGUGGAUGCGCAAUCACAACCCUCGUCAUCUUUGUCUGCAGUCCUCUCGGUUUGAUCUACGCACCGUUUUACGUGCAGACUGCGAACCUGUACCUCGUUUCACUACUCGCCACACUCAACUAUCGCAGAACCAUCCAGACGCGAAUACAGCAGCCCCUCAGUCUGGAUUACGCCGCAUUCGAUCGAUGCACAACAGCGAGCAGUGAACAGGGGCAGGAAGGCCAUUUAUCUGAACAGCCGGCCUCGGCGACGAUUCUCAAGAGUCGAACCUCGUUCCCCAAGUUGCCGCACGUGUUCCGAAUCCGUAGUCGCCAGAGCUCGAUAGGAUCCAAAUUUGAGGCUACCGAGAAGGGGCAGAUUUUCGAGCAAACAGAACCAGCAGAAAUCAUCCUAGACAGAGUAAUGAACCUCGGGCCCUCUGCGGAUUGAUAGUAUGGCAGGCAUCAAGGACAUUGUACUGCGUAUACCACUGGAUCGAUGUCCGUCGGGAUGAUCAGAUGCUGUAAUUAACCACGGUACUCAUGAUACAAUAAGUUACAACACGCAGUCAGCUAGCUGGCGUCGACUCUCCCUCCUCAAUCGCGU